CUGUGACUUAAAGUGCAUUUGAUCUAAUGCUGUGUCUCUUUCUCUGUGUGUGUGUUUUUUCUGCAGCUGAGCCAGCCGAUCUCCUAAAGAUUUUAGAUUUUCACAGUUUACCAGACGGUGUAACGAAAACUACAGGAUUCUGCACACACCGGAAGUCAUCGAAAGGGCCUGAUGUCGCUUACAGAGUCACAAAAGAUGCACAGCUUAGCGCUCCUACUAAACAACUGUACCCCUCAUCCAUGUUUCCGGAGGACUUCUCCAUUUUGGCGACGGUGAGGCCAAAGAAAGGCAGUCAGUCGUUCCUGCUGUCGGUGUAUAAUGAGCAGGGCAUCCAGCAGCUGGGUUUGGAAGUGGGACGUUCUCCUGUAUUCCUGUAUGAGGAUCACUUAGGCAAACCCGGCCCAGAGGACUACCCGCUCUUCAGAGGAAUCAACCUGGCAGACGGAAAGUGGCACCGUGUAGCGAUCAGCGUUCACAAACAGAGCAUCACUCUGAUUUUGGACUGUAAGAAAAAGGUGACGCGGACACUCUCCAGAAGCCCUCAUCCCAUCAUCGACACCAAAGGCAUUGUGGUCUUCGGAACGCGGAUCCUGGAUGAAGAGGUGUUUGAGGGUGACAUCCAGCAGCUGAUGAUUGUAUCGGACCACCGAGCUGCGUUUGACUACUGUGAGCAUUACAGCCCAGACUGUGAGGUUUCUGCACCCGAACAGCCCCAGAACCAAGACCCAAACACUGAUCAAUCUAACCCAGAGGAGGAUAACUAUUAUUAUGAAUAUCCCUACUAUGAGGACAUGGACUCAGACAAGACUGAAGAAACGAUAACUGAAGAAACCACUGGAACCGAAACCGAAGUGUCUGUUCCGGACAGCGGUCGCGUCAUCACCUCUGUUAUCAGCAGUGGAUCAGGAGGCUCCAGCAGAUCAUCCAGCGGCUCUUCAUCAUCCUCUUCAUCAUCAUCUUCAUCAUCAUCAUCCUCCUCAUCCUCUUCCUCCUCCAGCUCCAACACGGCCAAUACCGGUGAGGACCGGUAUGAUGGAUAUGAUGGAUACGAUACCGGAUAUGAAACCUAUUAUGACGAGUCGACCUCAAGUCCUGACGGCUCCCGGACCAUCACCAUCACUAGCACUGGUACUGGAUCAGCUGGAGAAUUGGAUCUGGGACUAGGAGAAGUGGACCACCAAUUGGGUAGAGUAGAUCUGGACAGGCGGAUCAUCACUUCUUCAUCUUCAUCAUCUGGAGGAGAAGGAGGUACAGUGCACUCCACCACCACCAUCAUCCGAAACGGAACUUCUGGAUCGGGAUCCAGCACCAGAAUCAUCAGCAGCUCCGGAUCUGGAUCCAGUUCCAGGAUCAGUAUCGGCUCCGGAUCCAGCUCUGGGGGCAGUACAGGAUCCAGUUCCAGCUCCAGUUCCAGCUCUAGUUCCAGCUCCAGCUCUACCUCAGUUGGUGGAGGCGGCGGUUAUGAUGAUGCCCAGUAUGGCGAGAGUUAUGAUCUGUCCUACGGCGAGGGAUACGGAGAAGGAUACGGAGAAGGAGAUUAUACUGUAGGAGGAGGCAGCAGCAGCUCCAGCACCUCAGUGUCUGUCGGGGGUGGAUCUGUGUCCGUUGGGGGCGGGUCUGUGUCAGUUGGAGGCGGGUCUGUUUCUGUUGGAGGCGGGUCUGUUUCUUCAAGUGGCUCCAUUGGGGGCGGAACCAGCAGUGCAGGGGCUGCAGCGGGGGCAGAGUCUGUUGCCACGGGUGGACAGGGAGGCAUCGGUGGAGAAGCAGAAUCAAUCGAUAUCGACAAAUUUAAAGAGGAGUCCAUCACGGAUUACACCGAUGCUGAGCUGGAAAAGAUGUACGAUUACGAUGAUUUGUACACCGAUGGUGAUAAAGCACUUCCUGCCGAGACCGAUGAAAUCUAUGGACAGGUGGAUGGUCUGAGAGGAGAGAAAGGGCAGAAAGGCGAGCCGGCCAUCAUUGAACCCGGAAUGCUGGUGGAAGGUCCGUCCGGUCCUGAGGGUCCAACGGGUCUCCCCGGACCUCCAGGUUCAACAGGACCCCCGGGUAGCGCUGGAGAGCCCGGUGAGAGGGGUCUUCCUGGUCGUGCUGGUCUGCCUGGAGCUGAUGGUCUUCCAGGACCUCCAGGGACUGUCCUGAUGCUGCCUUUCCGCAUGAGCACAGGAGGAGACGGAGGACAGAAAGGUCCUGCUGUUUCUGCUCAAGAGGCUCAGAUGCAAGCUAUCAUGCAGCAGGCCAGGCUGGCCAUGAGGGGACCAACUGGACCGAUGGGUUUGACAGGCCGUCCUGGUCCUCUGGGUCCUCCUGGUGUGUCUGGAUUGAAAGGAGAGUCUGGAGAAUCAGGACCUCAGGGUCCUCGUGGUCCAAUGGGAUCUGCAGGCCCUACCGGAAAGCCUGGUAGAAGGGGUCGACCCGGCUCAGAUGGAGCCAGAGGGAUGCCUGGACAGACAGGACCCAAGGGAGAUCGAGGAUUUGAUGGUCUCGCUGGUUUGCCCGGUGAAAAGGGACACAGGGGUGAGACGGGUCCUCAGGGUCCACCGGGGCCUUCAGGAGAAGAUGGAGAAAGAGGUGACGAUGGUGAGGUCGGUCCCCGAGGCCUGCCUGGUGAACCGGGUCCUCGUGGUGUUUUGGGCCCCAAAGGUCCUCAAGGGCCUCCAGGACCUCCUGGUGUGACUGGUAUGGACGGACACCCAGGACCUAAAGGAAACAUUGGUCCUCAAGGUGAACCUGGUCCCCCUGGACAGCAAGGCAACCCUGGAGCUCAGGGGCUUAAUGGUCCUCAGGGACCGAUCGGACCUCCAGGAGAAAAGGGUCCCACUGGAAAACCAGGCUUGCCGGGAAUGCCAGGAGCCGACGGGCCUCCGGGUCACCCAGGGAAAGAAGGGCCAUCAGGAGAGAAAGGAAACUUGGGACCUCAUGGUCCUCAAGGGCCGAUUGGUUAUCCUGGGCCUCGAGGUGUGAAGGGUGCUGAUGGAGUCCGCGGGCUGAAAGGAAACAAGGGUGAAAAGGGAGAAGACGGAUUCCCGGGAUUUAAGGGAGAUAUGGGCGUUAAAGGGGACAAGGGAGAGCUUGGUGCUGCGGGACCCCGAGGUGAAGAUGGACCCGAGGGACCCAAAGGCAGAUCUGGUUUGCCUGGAGAUCCUGGACCACUGGGACCCUUAGGAGAGAAGGGUAAGCUGGGUGUACCCGGACUGCCAGGUUAUCCAGGCCGGCAAGGACCCAAGGGCUCUCAAGGAUUUCAGGGAUUCCAGGGCACCAGUGGAGAGAAAGGCACUAGGGGGACAGCAGGAAAGCCGGGCCCCCGAGGACAGAGAGGACCCACGGGACCUCGUGGUGAAAGAGGGCCGAGGGGACCCACAGGGAAAGCAGGACCAAAGGGCAACUCUGGAAGCGAUGGCCCCCCAGGACCACCCGGUGAACGGGGUCUGUUGGGACCACAAGGACCAGCUGGAUUCCCGGGCCCUAAGGGUCCACCUGGACCUCCUGGUAAAGAUGGACUGCCCGGACACCCUGGUCAGAGAGGAGAGACUGGUUUCCAAGGAAAAACUGGACCUCCCGGACCUCCAGGUGUAGUCGGACCUCAGGGACCAACAGGUGAGACGGGACCAAUGGGAGAGCGAGGUCACCCUGGACCCCCAGGACCACCUGGUGAACAGGGUCUACCUGGAGCUGCAGGAAAAGAGGGAGCAAAGGGAGAUCCAGGUCCAGCGGGACCUUCAGGUAAAGACGGACCUCCAGGACUCAGAGGUUUUCCAGGAGAGAGAGGUUUACCAGGCCCUGUAGGAUCAGCAGGUUUGAAAGGGAAUGAAGGACCCCCGGGGCCUCCUGGACCCGCUGGUUCUCCUGGUGAACGAGGCCCUGCAGGCCCAGCUGGUCCUACUGGCAUCCCAGGCCGACCUGGACCUCAAGGACCCCCAGGACCCGCCGGAGAGAAAGGUGGACCGGGAGAGAAAGGACCUCAAGGCCCAGCUGGUAGAGAUGGCAUUCAGGGACCCGUAGGACUUCCAGGCCCAGCCGGACCCAUUGGACCCCCAGGAGAGGAUGGUGAUAAGGGCGAGAUUGGAGAGCCCGGACAGAAGGGAAGCAAAGGUGACAAGGGUGAACAGGGUCCUCCAGGGCCAACUGGACCCCAGGGUCCCGCCGGUCAGCCAGGUCCUUCUGGUGCUGAUGGAGAGCCCGGUCCCAGAGGUCAGCAGGGUCUGUUCGGACAGAAGGGAGAUGAAGGUUCGAGAGGUUUCCCAGGACCACCUGGACCUGUUGGCCUUCAGGGCUUGCCUGGACCCCCUGGUGAGAAAGGAGAGACUGGUGACGUCGGUCAGAUGGGUCCACCUGGUCCACCAGGCCCCAGAGGCCCCUCCGGACCCCCAGGAGCAGACGGACCACAGGGACCUCCAGGAGGCAUCGGAAACCCAGGAGCAGUGGGAGAGAAGGGAGACGCUGGUGAAGCAGGAGAACCAGGCCCUCAGGGAGACAUCGGCCCUCCGGGUCCAAGAGGAGAGCGAGGAGAAAAGGGAGAAGCUGGACCUGCUGGUUCUGGUGGUCCUCCUGGACCCAAAGGACCCCCUGGAGAUGACGGUCCCAAAGGAAGUCCGGGCCCAAGUGGUUUCCCUGGUGAUCCUGGUCCUCCCGGAGAGCCAGGUCCUUCUGGUUUGGAUGGUUCUCCUGGUGAUAAGGGUGAUGAUGGAGAGCCUGGUCAGCCAGGAUCCCCUGGACCCACUGGUGAAACUGGUCCUCCUGGCCCUCCAGGAAAGAGAGGACCUCAUGGACCAGCAGGACCUGAAGGAAGACAGGGAGAGAAGGGUGCUAAGGGUGAAUCUGGUCUGGAGGGUCCGCCUGGUAAAACAGGUCCAGUUGGUCCUCAAGGAAGCCCUGGAAAGCCUGGUCCUGAGGGUCUGAGAGGUGUGCCUGGACCAGUGGGAGAACAAGGACUGCCCGGUGCUCCUGGACCCGAUGGACCUCCUGGACCGAUGGGUCCUCCUGGACUGCCUGGACUGAAAGGAGAUCUUGGUAUCAAAGGUGAAAAGGGUCAUCCUGGUCUCAUCGGACUUAUUGGACCUCCAGGAGAACAGGGAGAGAAGGGAGACCGAGGCUUGCCAGGUCCACAGGGAACUUCAGGACCUAAAGGAGACAAUGGUAUUGCUGGACCCUCUGGACCUAUCGGACCCAUUGGACCUCCUGGACUCCCGGGUCCUCCUGGUCCUAAAGGAGCUAAAGGAUCCAGUGGUCAGACUGGCCCGAAGGGAGAAUCUGGAAUACCGGGACCUCCAGGACCUCCAGGUCCACCAGGUGAUGUCAUCCACCCUAUGCCUUAUCAGUCUUCCCCGAAACGGGCUAAGAGAAACAUUGAUGCCAGCCAGGUGAUGGACGAAGCAACAGAUGCCAACUACAAGGACUACGAAGACGGCAUGGAGGAAAUAUUUGGCUCUCUCAACUCUCUGAAGCUGGAGAUUGAGCAGAUGAAACACCCGCUGGGCACAGAGAGUAACCCCGCACGCACCUGCAAAGACCUGCAGCUGUGCCACCCAGACUUCCCAGAUGGUGAAUACUGGAUUGAUCCCAACCAGGGCUGCUCCAGAGACUCAUUCAAAGUGUACUGUAACUUCACAGCAGGUGGAGAGAGCUGCAUCUUCCCCGAUAAAAAGAGCGAAGGGGCCAGACUCACCUCCUGGCCGAAGGAGAAUCCAGGCACCUGGUUCAGUGAAUACAAACGUGGUAAACUGCUCUCGUAUGUGGAUGCGGAGGGCAAUGCCAUCGGUGUGGUGCAGAUGACGUUCCUGCGUUUGCUCAGUGCCACGGCCCGGCAGAACCUCACCUACAACUGUUACCAGUCUGUGGCCUGGCACGACCAAGACCAGGACUCUUACGAUAAAGCCAUCCGCUUCCUGGGCUCCAAUGACGAGGAGAUGUCUUACGAUAAUAACCCGUACAUCAGAGCCGUAGUCGACGGCUGCGCGUUGAAAAAGGGCUAUGAAAAGACUAUUCUUGAGAUCAACACACCGAAAGUGGAGCAGGUACCGUUUGUUGACAUUAUGUUCAACGAUUUCGGCGGAGCGACGCAGAAGUUCGGCUUUGAGGUCGGACCAGCCUGCUUCAUCGGUUAAGACUGCUCAAAAACAAAACAUAUUCAUCUUCUCCAAAAAAAAAACCAAAACAAAACACAAGAAAGAAAUAGGACGACUUAUUUGUAAAGUUUUCGUGUUUCCAAACAAACCCAACCCAUACCAAAGUAAGAAAUUUGAAGAAAGAACGGAUGUCUAAAACAAUGGGUUCGUAAAGCAACCUUUUUAACCUCAGUGUACCCUCUGCAUCACAUGCAAGUUUUGAAACUGGAUGAGGUCAUCGCUCGUGUCUCUCCAAGCCCCGCCCACUUUACUCUUCGCCCCUACCACAGGCUGUAUAGACAGAUUAGAUUCCUCUUGGAUUUGUAGCUCAACGCGCGUCCGGUGCUCAGAUCGAGAAAGCCUUUCAGUUGGUUUGUUUGCUUGGGUUUACGUUGUUCCUCUUUCCACUUUAAGCUUUUGUGCAUACUUGUCUUCCAUUCCCUGGAAUGGUGAUUAUAUAUAUAAAUAUAUAUAAAUAUUUUUUUUCUAUGUUUGUAAGUACUUUCUGUAUAUUUUUUUCUCUUUGGUGAAGUGUUUUUUUUUUCUGGCUUCAAAACAUGCAUGUGAACCCAUUGAGCGAUAAGGACAGAGCUUCUGGUUAUUGGAAUAAACAAAAUCAAUAAAUAAAUACAUUUCCCUCAAAAAAAUAAAGAACUUUCUGUGAAUCUGAGGAAAAGAAAAUAAGGUGCAGCAACAACCAAAUGCUUAGAAGAUUGCAGAUAAGCCAACGUCUUUUUGUAACAAGAUGACAAUAAAAGUAGGAAUCAGCCGUAACAUGAGCGUUCAUUUGCUAGCUGUCAUGUUGCAGCGGCUGGACUGACGUUGAUGAAUCAGUGUUUCCCUGUAUCAGAAGAGCACACCGAGGAAACACAACAUUCCCAAACUAGGUGCUAUUUCCUUCUGUCUGUGGUGCUACAAAUAUAUAUCUUUUUUUUUCCUGAAAUUGUUUGUUGUAAUUAAAUCCAGCUCUGCAGGUGAUGCAAAAGCGGCUCUUCUGUCAAAAUAAAAAGUCCUAGCUUAUGCAUGACAUAAAAUCAUAUUCACUUAUAGAUGAGAACAGGUUGUGUUUUUCUUCCUCUUUGACUAUGUCCUGCUAAUUUAUGUUCUUCUCAGACUUUACAUUACAACGUUCAUAUCACACUCUAUUGUCUACUUUAUUUGCGGUGGUUAAACAGAGCACAAUUUCUGUUAAUGCUGUGGUGAUUUUCUCGUAACAGUGAUGGCUGAUUUCGACGCACCGCUUCAUGAAGCUUUGAAACCUUUACGAAUCUUUUGUUUCGAUUCAGUGGUUUGGAGUACAUUGGUCUUUUCAUUUUAAUAAAUGUGGCUUCAUUAGUUCAUUACAGUUUCAAAAUGUUUAGAAAAUUCUAUGGUUUUUAGUUUGGGGUCAUCUGUGUAACAACAUAAAUUGCUCAUGAAUCAUGCCGGUUCACUUAGAUCGCCCUCAAAUUGCGAAUCAUUGAACAGGUUUCAUUGGUUUCACCUGAUCGUAGAUCAGUUUUACAAGUCUGUAAUGAGGCUUUCGAAUAAAAACGAAUAAUAUUAGUUCAUAGUUUAGCACAAACAAUGGAACAAACAAUAUAUAGCUUGAACAUAAAAAACACCACAAUAUUCUGACAUUUAAUAUUUAGUCAUGUUAGCAUUUGAUUGGUUAUACUUUUAAUUUGACUACAAAACCAGUCCAAAAUGUAGAUUUUUGGAAAUUUGAGAUUUAUACAUUAACUAAAAGUUCAAGAUGUAUACUUUGGCAGGGUAAAAAAAAAAUCUUAACUAAAAAAUUGCCUUAAAAGUUGUCCAAAUUAAAUCUUUAGCAGUGCACAUGGACCCUUUUCACAUUUCUGGCUCUCAGUAGCGGAAGUCGCCAUAGUUGGGUAAAUUUAGAUCGCAGUAAAUGGGAGAGUACAAGUCAUUUUACAAUCCUAUUUGCUGAAAUAAUAAAAGAAAAACUCCACGAUGGUGUUAUAAAGACUUGCAGAACAAAGAAAAAAAAAUAGAUAACAGCAGCCAGAAGAACAACGUUAAAUUUACUCUCCUUCACUCAAUUGCCUCCCAUAAGCGAUAAUUUGUCUUUGUAAUUUGAUGCAAAGAAUAUAUAAUAAAUACAUUUAAAUGUUCAUUUGUUUUUGUUUUUUAUCCAAAUAUUAAAAACUUUCGAGGAUUUAAGACGCUGAUGACUUAAAUGACUUGUGAAAAGGGUCUAUUACUAAUUGAGUUUGGAUAUUCACAGUAGUUAUAUCUUUACAGGACAUGAUCUUGAUAUUAACCUGAACAGGUUUCAUUGAAUACACCUGAUCUCAGAUCAGUUUUACAUGUUUGUAAUGAGACUUUAGAAUAAAAAACAUUAUUAUUAGUUCACAGUUUAGCACAAACAAUAUACAGCUUGAAAAUGUUUUUAAAAUGCAUAUUAUUCAGGCAUUUAAAAUUAAAUCAUAUUAGCGUUGGAUUGGUUAUACUUUCAAUUUGACGUGUUUAAAAAGGCCAAUUUAUUCAUAUUUUGAUGAGCAGUUGCUGUUUUAAACAUUUCAAAACUAAAUCAUUUUGCGAAGCAACUGGUUCAAAAGUUCAGAAGCUUUGUAAAGCUUAGUUUCUCCCAUCACUAGCGUAGCAUGGAUCUGUAAAGCAUUACUCUAGUCAAGCUGUAAAACUUUUACCAUUUCAAACCGCUCUGCGGAAUUAGCUUGGGACCUUUUGAUUUGAUCUUUUUUUUUAAAGAGGUAUGUGUGACGGUAUCUGAACCAAAACGCUUAGAGCAAUGAAUAGUUAACUCUAGCAUCUUCCUUCCAAAGAGAUUUCUCUUAAUCCAAGAGACUUGAAGACCAAGGAUCAGAUGGUCUUGUGUGAUUAUUCACUAGAAACUUGGCUAGCAUUUCUUCCUUCACCUGUCAGGAUUGUUUGUCGUUGACUAGAGCCAUCUUGUUGCCACUAAAUGUUUUUCCCUGCACUCUUUUGUUCCGCUUUUGACCACUAAACCUGCUACUGCACAAUCUUGAGCUCCACUUUUGAAAAUUAAAGAUGACUUGAACUGAUUCAACAUGGAAUUAUGCAGUUUUGACACGAUUUCAUGAUCAUACGCAACGAAUUUCAACCGAUUCUUCUGUACAUUUUAAAACCAGCAGUGAUGCUGCCAAUAAAGUUGAUUCUGUUUUGUUUUUUCGUCUUUGUAAUGUUUGUUUGUUUGUUAUUUUGCGCUCGUGUCGAACCUGUGUACAAGCAGAUAGAAGAGAUUUGUGUCAAUAAAUUGGAGUUUACUGUGUCCACCCACCCUUGUAUGUCUUUUGAAGCAUUAAAACUUUCCUGUAUGCAUGAAAUUGUUAAGCUUUCUCUUGAUGUUUCUUCCCACAGCCACAUUCUUUUUUGACUGUUUUUUCUUUUUAAUCGGCGCUCUGAAACGUCCUCACAGUGCUCGGAUGAAAACAGGCCUGUCCUUCAUUGUGAAAUGGAGAGAGAGAGAGCGAUGUCUGUUGUAACUCUCUACCAAAGCCCAUGUUCCUUUGUAGUAUAUUUAUUGUAUUAUUUAAAAAUAAUAAAUGUUAAUUGAUACCA